AACGUCGUCAUUAAUCUCCCUCUCUUGGUAUUCUCGAUUUCGCCAUCGGCUUGCCUGAUGCUGCAACUGCACCACAUCCCCACUAACCGCUCCCUCCGCCUGAUCACGUUAACAGCAACCGCCGUACGGACGUGGCGAGGAAGCCCAUGGAUACGCAGAGGGACACGAAGCCCUUCUUCUCCCCGAUCACAGCCGCCGCCAUCCAGCGAGGCAUCCACGGGCCCAACACUUGCCAAGCGGCGGCGCCAUUGGAGCGCGGCGGCGCGCGAGGGGCCGCUUGGGUGCAACCGCAAGCGGCGUGCGUCCUGAACCGAGCCGCGUCCGAGCUGUCGGGAGGUUGCGGCGACCGGAGCAGCGCCGACGGGGCACAUGAGGGAACUUCGGUUAGUCAUCCUUUCUCUUCCCCGAGGAUCAGCAGGAAAUUCUGGAGCGCCGGCGAGUACGAAGCGGCGGCCCGGAGCUCCGCGCGACAGCCUCAAGGCGUGCAGAAUCGCAUGUGCGUCCACCCCAAAUUUCUCCACUCCAACGCGACUUCUCAUAAAUGGCCGUUUGGAGCCGUGGCAGAGUUAUUGGACAAUGCGGUCGAUGAGAUACAAACUGGUGGAACUACUAGAAUAAUAGUGGACAAAGUCAUCAACAACCGAAACGGGCCACCAGCUUUACUAGUUCAAGAUGAUGGCGGAGGCAUGGAUCCUGACUCCUUGAGGCGUUGCAUGAGCUUUGGAUUUUCCGAUAAACAAUCGGGAUGUUCAAUUGGACAAUAUGGAAACGGAUUCAAGACUAGCACAAUGCGGCUUGGGGCAGAUGUUAUUGUUUUCAGUCGUUGCACUAAGAGUGGCGAGCUUACACAAUCCAUUGGUCUCCUCUCCUACACUUUCUUGGCAGAAACUGGCCAGAAGGAUGUUGUAGUUCCUGUGGUGGAUUACAAGUGCAAUCUAUUCACAGGACAAACUAAACGAAUUGAGCGGCAUGGUUCAGAUCAGUUCGCCUCAAAUCUAUCAGUGUUUUUUAAAUGGUCCCCUUUUGCAACUGAAGAAGAGCUGAUGCAGAAUUUCAGUGACAUUGGUCCACAUGGUACCAAGAUUAUAGUGUUCAAUUUGUGGUCCAACGACGAUGGUGAUUUGGAGCUCGACUUUGACACAAACCCAGAGGAUAUUAUGAUUAGUGGUGCGCCAAAUCCAGCAGAAACUAAUAACUCUGUAAGAAGGACCAAUGAGAAUCAUUUGGCAAAUCGACUGCGCUAUUCUCUUAGGGUCUACACUUCGGUCUUGUAUCUACAGCUACCAGAGUACUUCAAGAUCAUACUUCGUGGGCAAGAAGUUAAGCGUCAUUGCAUUGCUGCUGACCUAAUAUAUCCUGAAUGCAUCAGUUAUAAACCUCAAGUCUGCGGAAGAAAGGAGGCUGAGGUUUUUACGAGUAUUGGAUUUUUAGAUGGCACUCCAAUUAUUAGCGUACAUGGAUUUAAUAUCUACCAUAAGAACCGCCUUAUAAUGCCGUUUCAUCGAGUUUUGAGUUCUGCAAGCAGCAAAGGGAGAGGCGUCGCCGGAGUGCUGGAGGCAGACUUCAUCAAGCCCACCCAUGACAAGCAGGACUUUGAGAAAUCGCAGCUGUAUCAGAGGUUGAUAAACCGCUUGAAAGACAUGACUAACGAGUACUGGGAUACUCACUGUCACAAGGCUGGAUACGUGAAAACACCUCGCGCACGUGCAGCUCAAAUCUCUCCUGCUCCUCCCGUAGUGCUUCCGCCAGCCAACACCGUUGCUGAACCACUGGAGGGGAACGCACCUGCUCCUUCGAUUUCCGUGGCGCCCUCGAGCAGCACCUGCGCGAAUGCAGUUCCAAUCGCCUUUGCGCCCCUUACUUUCUGCUCAACACCUGCGGGAACAGGCCCGAUUGCACCAGGAGCACCCGCGGGGCCCUCCUCGUCAGGCAUGCAGAUCAUGCAAGUCAACCAGAUGAGCUCACCUUCCAUGGCGCUUGGCACUGAUUUGGUAGAGACAAGGAAAAGGAAAAACGAUGAUGCUGUUCUGACAGCUUCGUUUAAAAGGCAGGUCACACAUGAAUUCGCUGGUAGCAGCUCCGUGGAGUCCAGUGAUCAGAUAUGCCAAUAUAUGGGUGAACGAGAGCUGAAGGAAUUUUCCUUCCUGAAGCUGGAGAACAGGAUGCUCCGUGAUGAGUGCAAGCAAUUUGAGAUGGCAGAGAGGGAGCUGUUGUUCAAGGAACACAAACUACGGCUCGAAAUCGAGCAGGCACAGGCGCAAUACAAGAGUCUACUGAACGAAUACGUUGUGUGCUGUGACGACACAUAAUCCAUAGGCAUUUUAUUUUCUGAAAUCACUGGACGCGGUUUGGUGAUGCUGGCUCUCUUCAACAGACGGACAUAUUCAGCAUGCCAGAUAACUGAGCGUACAAAUAUGCUGCGCACGAGACGGUGAUGUUUUUGGACGGCCAGUCAGUGUAGGCAUGGCGGGAACCGCGUGCACCCGGCAGCAAGCAAGCUCAGAACCUCGGCUUGGUGUUUCUUCGUCUCCCCUGUUUGCAUGUGUCGAGGAACUGUGAGCUUUGUAUCGUGUAUAAACGAUUCCCUCAAAAAAGAGUGAAUUUAUG